AUGCGGUAUGGCAUCGUCGCACACGAUUUCAAUGUCAAUAUCCCGCGCGCUCUCGGUAACCAUGCGCGCGUUCUUCCGACCCAUACCGCGCCCGCGUGUGCCAGUUCCCCUUCGCCCGCGGGUCCCUUCCCGCCCUACCCGCACCGCUCGUGCGGCGCGGAGAGGCGGCGGCUGACGGGGAUGGCUGGCACGGCCGCGGAAGCUCUCCGCGGCGGGUUGCUUCCGCAGGGCGGGUCCGCAGCAGCCCGCGGAACGCGCGUCCGCCGGCUGCGCGCGGCUCGCCUUGCGGAGGAGGCCCACUCGCGCGCCGAUGCGCCACCGCAGCCGCGGAAAGGCGCGCGGAAGGCCGCGCGACCGUCCGCUGGGUCCUCCGCAGCUGCUGUGAGUCACGCAUCGGGGCCUUCCGCCACCCCUUCCGCCACCCCUGCCGCCACCCCUUCCGCCUCCCCUUCCGCUAUCCCCUCCGCCACCCCUUCCGCCAGCCCUUCCGCCAGCCCCUCCGCUGCUGCCGCGACUGCCGCGGAGGCGGUGGUGGGGGGAGUGAUGGCGGGGGGCCGCCUGGCGCGGGAGGCGGGGCGCGAGGAGGAGAUGCGGAGGCGCAGGCGGAGGCAGAGGCGGAGAGACCUGGUGGUGGAGGUGGAGGCGGAGGGGGUGGCGGAAGCAGUGGUGGGCGCAGUUACGAUGCGCGCAGGGGCGGAGGCUUCUCUUCUUGAGGCCCCCCAGAGGAGAAGCAGGCGGAGGCAGAGGCGGAGAGACCUGGUGGUGGAGGUGGAGGGGGUGGCGGAAGCAGUGGUGGGCGCAGUCACAAUGCGCGCAGGGGCGGAGGGUGCUGUUGAGGCGCCCCAGAGGCGGCGCAGGGGGAGGCGGAGGCGGGGGGACGUCCUGGACGGGGAGGGGAAGGAGGUAAAAGAAGCUGUGGCGGGGACUGUUGCCAUGCACGGAGAGGCAAGGGAGGAUGGGGGGGAAGUAGGUCAGGUUAUGGACUCGGGGAAGGUAGAGGCGGAGAGGGAGUGGGAGGAAAGGGAGGAGAGGGAGAAGAGGGAAGAGGAGAGGGAGGAUGGCAGCUGGGCAGGGCAUGCAAGGGGCGUUGGAAUAAAGGGAGCAAGAAUAGAGAAGUGGGAGGAGGAACUGGAGAUUUGGGAGGAGGGGAAGAAGAAUUGGGAGGAGGAGGAGGAGGAGGAGGAGGAGGAGGAGGAGGAGGAGGAGGAGGAGGAGGAGGAGGAGGAGGAGGAGGAGGAGAAGGAAGAGGAGUUUUGGGAGGAAGAGGAAGAGGAGGGGGGUAAGGAGGGAGAGAUGUGGGAAGAAGAGGAGGAGGAAGAACUGGACGACCUAGAAGGGGGAGGGGCGCAAAAUACAGACAAGUUUGAGAAAGAGGACCGUGACAUCGCAUCCCACCACACUGCACCGGCCCCCACCAGUCCCACCACGUGCCCCACCACACUGGUUCGAGACCUCUUCUCCUUGCACCUGACCUCUGAAGGCCUCUCUCCCUCCGUUGCUGCACAGGUGGCGGGCAGCAUGCCGCGCACCAUCCACUCGCUCCUGGCAGAGGCUCGACGCUGCGACUGGGUGUCAUACCGCCUCAACCUGCCCAUGGCCGCGUCUCUAUCCUCGUUAGUGGCUGACUCGCUGCAGGUGCAGGGGCUGCCUCGGAUUGUGGUCAUGCUUGUGAACAUGGGCUUGCAGCCAGCAGCAGUGGCCUCGCUACUGGAGCGCCGGCAGGUAUCGCUCUCAGAGCUGGUGGCGAAGCUGCAGUUCCUGCAGAGCAUCGGAGUGCGUCCGCGCUUCCUGGGAGCCGUGCUCGUGGGCUGUCCUCGCUUCCUCGACAUGCCUCUCGCACUGCUGCACACGCAUGCGACCCACCUCAUGGACCACUGCUGCACUGGCGUGGACAUUGGCAAGGUGGUGGAAGUUUAUCCCCCUGUGCUCGGCAAGGCAGUGCAUGCCAACGUCAUCCCGCUCACAUCCUUCCUCCGCCACCACCUCACCAUCCCCUCCACCGUCAUCCCUCGCAUCAUUCGCGGCUACCCCAAGCUGCUGGGCUGUUCCCUGCGUGCCAACCUGCGUCCCAAGGUGCUUGCGCUCUGCUCUGCCCUCCCCGGCCUCUCACCGCCCCUGCUCGGCACCAUGCUGCGCCGCUGCCCCUCGCUGCUCGCCUGCAGUGCCGCACACGCUGCAACCAAAACUCCUCUUCCUCUCGCAAACCGUGGGGCUGACAGCACAGCAGCAGGCAGCCAUCACCAAGUACUCACUCCACGCCUCAUAAAUCAAAACUCUCCCCAACCCUUGUCCUCCACCCUCCCCUCUCCCCAGGUGCUAACCCAGUCAGUGCCGCACACGCUUCAACCAAAACUCCUCUUCCUCUCGCAAACCGUGGGGCUGACUGCACAGCAGCAGGCGGCCAUGCUGCCGCGGCAGCCCAACGUGCUGUGCCUGUCGCUGCCUCUGCUGCACCGCAACCACUCCUCCCUGCGUGCACUCGGGUUCUCACCUGAAGAUAUUUGCCGCAUGCUCGUGCUCUUCCCCACGCUGCUGUUGCUCAGUCCCGACAACAUCCAAGCCAAGUGCGCCUUCCUCACUGGCCCCAUGAACCGCCCCCUCUCCCACGCCGCAACCUUCCCUCACUUCUUUGGCUACAGCCUGCACCGCCGCAUCCAGCCCCGCUACAGCCACCUGCAGGCUCUAGGCGUCUCCCCGCCCCCCUCCCUCGCCUCCAUGCUCUGCUGUACCGACCACGCGUUUCAAUCCAAGUGGGCUGUAGCGAGGUGA